AUGGAUAAUGUUAAGUUUUUGUUUAUUCGUAAAAGCAGAAGCAGGAAAAGCAGGAGGAGAAUUAGCAGAAGCAGGAAUGGAAGCAGCAGCAGAAGCAUAGAAGCAGCAGCAGCAGCAGCAGGAGAAGCAGGAGGAGAAGCAGAAGAAGCAGCAGAAGCAGGAGGAGAAGAAACAGCAGCAGAAUCAGCAGAAGCAGAAGCAAGAGAAGCAGCAGAAGCAGUAGAAGCAGGAGAAUCAGCAGCGGAAGCAGGAGGAGAAGCAGAAGCAGCAGAAUCAGGAGUUGAUGCAACAGCAGAAGCGGUAAAAGCAGUAGCAGCAGAAGUAGUAAAAGCAGCAGCAGAAGUAGUAAAAGCAGCAGCAGAAGCAGUCAGAAAAAAAGCAGUAGAAGCAGGAGGGGAAGAAGCAGCAGUAUCAGAAUCAGCAGAAGCAGUAGAAGAAGCAGUAGAAUCAGCAGAAGCAGGAGAAGCAGGAGGAGAAGAAGCAGCAACAGCAGCAGCAGCAGCAGGAGAAGCAGGAGGAGAAACAGCAGCAGAAGAAGCAGUAGAAGUAGCAGCAGAAAAAGAGCACUGUAGAAGACUACCACGGUUUGUGAUGGUGUCCCUAAGAGUCUCUGCGUUUGAGGUCAUUCCAUUUCGAGUGUCAGGUCACGCUCCCCCUCCCCCCUCUCCACACCUUCCCACAUCCCCACUACACAUCUUCCCCUACUCCCACAGAUAG